UAAAUUGUGACAGUAAACCGAAAAGUCAUUUUUUAUUUUAAGGAGGCCAAUGAAAAUGAAUGAAUUAUAUACAAGCUGGAUGCACGAGGAAAGUGUGAGAGCACGGUCACGAAUCACGAUGACUAAUAACGGAUUUGCUUCUAGAAUCUCUUACAACAGAAUAUUACUACGUACUCUGAACCUUUAUAUAUAUAGCUCCUCACUCUCAUCUCAUUCGCACAAUGGCGUCCUCUCUCAUUCUGAAGCGCUUUGUCUACUCUUCACUUCUUUCCUGCAAGUCUCCCACUCUCCUUCGCCCCGCCGCUUCCGCUUCCCACCGCUCCUUCAACGACCACGCCGAUGACAACGACGAUCGUGGCUCUCGCUCAGGCGUGUUGGAUUCGAGCCAGGUUCUGAACAUGAUGAAUCUCGUCGCGGAUGGGAGUGGGACGCGAAAGAGACGAAGGAUGUUCUGCUUCUCCGCGUGAACAUGCCUGGGCUCGGAAAGGAACAUGUGAAGAUCUCGGUGGAGCAGAACACUCUCGCCGUCAAAGGAGAAGGCGACGAGAAAUAGAGCGCUCCUCCCUACACUUGCAAGAUUGACUUGCCGGUGGAUAAGCUCUACAAGUUUGACCAGAUCAAAGCUGAGAUGAAUAACGGUGUGCUCCAUGUCGUUGUGCCUAAAAAGAAGGAAGAGGAGACGAAAGAUGCCACCAAUGUUAAGGUUGAAUAGAAUAAUUAAGCAGUUAAGCACACUUGUUUCUUUGGAUCUAGUUAGUAGAUGAAACAACGACUUAAUGGCUUUGCUCAUGAUCUGUUUUUGUUUUUAAACUUCAUACGUUUGUGUUUAGUUUCUUAUAACUUAAACUCUUCUCUGUAAUAAAAUCUUUGUACGUAGAUUUGUGAAUGAGCUUGUUGCUUCUGCAA